CAUGUUUCAAAUUUGUUAUGAAAAAUUUGUAGUACAGUACCUAUUAAAAUAUUCCCCGGUAAAAUUAUAUACAAAAAAAUAAAAGUAAUUAAUAAAUAAAAACAGAAAAUGGAGGAAAAAUAUAAUGCUGAAAAUAUUAUAAAACAGUUCAACUCUGCUAAUGCCAAAAAAAUAGCUCUUGUAGUCGUUUGUGGAUUCAUUAUUUAUCAUGGAAUUUUGCAUAUUAAAUAUGGUUCGGACUCUUGUAAGUGGCUUCUUGCAAAAGGUCGAUACAAAGGUAACAAAGAAUGGCAACCAUAUGGAUGUAUGAUGCAUAAAUAUUCUCAAAUGGAUACUAGAAAAUGCUUUAGAUAUUUGGCAUUUUAUGGUAACAAAAAUCAUUUCAUAUUUAUUGGUGAUAUUCGAAUGAAAAUGCUAUUUCAAUCCUUCAUAAAUCAUCUUCAUCCUCAUGAGGAUAAUGAAAAUAAUUCAGUUUUAAUGUCACAGACCAAAGAAAAUAGUGAUUUUAUUGAUUACAAAUUAAAAUUACGAGCUGUGUAUAUAUACGCGGAUCAUGUUAGUAAAGAAUUAAUUGGAGAACUAGAAAAGUUUCAAAAAGAUUCAGAGCCAUCUUUUGGGUCGGGGUCAACCUUUAUAAUAGGAUUUACAAAUUCCGCGUUUUUAAGUGGAAAUGUUACUGAAAAAACUUUAAUUGACUACUCAACUAACUUAGAACAAUUAAUAGAAACAUUUAAAAUUAUAGCUAUGAAAAAGUCGAAAAUUUUGUGGAAAUUACAAGAUCAUGUUUUAGAGGAAAAACUUCCGGAUGAAUGGAAAAACGUAGUUAAUGAGGAUAUCGAUAAAUUUAAUAAAGUAGCUAAAAGUGUUUUUAAAUAUUCAGAAGCUAAGAUUUGGGAAUCGUCUUUUCAAAUUUCAAAUGGGUUAUUGGAUAAAGUUAUUGAUGGUUACAAAUUAGAUGAUCUGGCAUUGCAACAUGAUGUUCAAAUUAUUUUAAACAUGUACUGUAACGAUUACAUGAAUUACAAUGAUGGUUCAUGCUGUAGUAGUCCAGAACCUUAUACGGUGCUUCAAAUAGUUUCAUAUUCAGUCUUUGGAGUAUGUAUUGUAUUGGUUUUAGGAAUGUUAUUAAGACGAUGGAUAUUAACCAUCAGGGGAAUUACAUUCUAUGUCCCUCUAAAUCAAGCAGCAGGUGAUGGUGUAACACCUAUUUCAGGAACCACUGAUUAUUCUACAGCAUUGUUUGCGAUGGCGAAUCUUGGAAUUAUUCUGGCUUAUUUUUAUUUAUGUGAUCGUACCAAUUUUUUUAUGAAGGAAAAUAAGUAUUAUUCAGAAUUUAGCUUUUGGAUACCAGUAGGUUACGUUUUUGCUUUAGGUUUAUUUUUCACUGAGGAUAGUCGUUUUACAAAAGUUUUAAACCGUGAUCAAACCGAUGAGCUGAGAGGUUGGAUGUUACUUGUAAUACUUAUAUAUUAUAUGACAGGAGCCGACAGAGUUUUAUCAAUUCAUAUGCAUAUUAAAGUACUUAUAAGCGCUUAUAUAUUUUUGGCAGGUUACAGCCAUUUUACUUAUAUGUGGCAGACAGGAAAUUUCGGUAUUGUAAGAUUUUUUCAAGUAAUGUUUAGAUUAAAUUUUAUAACUGUAAUUUUAUGCUUUUGUAUGAAUAGACCCUAUCAAUUUUAUUAUUUCGUGCCACUUCUAUCAUUUUGGACAUUUUUAGUUUAUUUUGUUCUUUGUUUACCACCUCAUAUAACUGCACAAAGUGUUGAAUCAAAUAGUUAUCAUUAUUUAUACUUAGUUUUAAAGUUUGUUUGUUUCUUAAGUAUAUCUACAAUACUUUAUAUGUCUGAAGUAUUUUUUGAAAAAAUCUUCGUUACGAGACCAUUUAAAGCUAUAUUUGUUAAUUUUGAUGAUGACAUACAUGAAUGGUGGUAUCAAUUUAAGUUGGAUCGAUACACAAUUGUAUUUGGUAUGAUAUUUGCAUCAAUCAUACAUAUUGCUCAAAAAAACAAUCUUUUUGAUGAUAAUAAUCAUGGAAAUCUUUUUUCUCGUCGAAUUUCAUUAACAGUAACCUUAGCUGCUAUAAUAGGUGUAGGAUUUUAUACAUCAUUUAGUUUUCUUUGUAAAAGUCAACAAAAUUGUGAAGAAAUACAUUCAUAUAUAGUUUUUAUACCAAUUUUGGGUUAUAUAAUUUUAAGAAGUAUUUCUGGUAUAUUACGGACACGUUAUUCAACAUUUUUCGCAUGGUUUGGCAAAAUUUGGUUAGAAUUAUUUAUUUGCCAAUAUCAUAUAUGGUUAGCAGCUGAUCGUCACGGUGUUCUUGUGCUAUUGCCAGGUUUCCCAACGUUGAAUAUGAUUAUUACAAGCUUUAUAUUUGUUUGUGCUUCACAUGAAGUUCAUCGACUUACCCAAAUAUUAUUACCAAUAAUGGUGCCAAAUGACUGGAAAUUAGCUUUAAGAAAUUUUGUAUUUUUCUUACUUAUGCUAGUACCAAUUGGUCGUUAUGACGGAAUGUUUUAAUUUUGAAAACAGUACAAUUUAUUAAAAUUAAUUUGUUAGUUUGUUCUUUAAUAAUAUUUUACAAUUAGAAACAGAAUUUCUGUAAAUAUUUUCAAUUCUUAUUUAUUAUAAGACUUGUUGAAAAUGUUAAGUAUUUUUAAUUGAACUAGUUUAAUAAUUUUUCGGAAGUUUCAGUAUUAUUUAGUUGUUUAAGUAUGAUGAAUGUAUAAAGCUCAGUAUGUAAAUGGAAUAGAAUAUUUUUCAUAAUAGCGCUGUUUAAAAUUUGAAUCAUUUUAGUAUAGGAAAUAUGUAGAUUUAGUAGUUUUUUUAAUUAGUUUAUUUUUCGCAUUGAUGCAGAGAAGAAAAUAUUUGUAA